UAACAGACAACACACCCACUGCUGCAGACACUUCUUCUCCCUCUUCACAACAUUUUCAUGACUGCAGAGCGAUUUAGACACGUGUGGACAUCAGCAUUUGAAAUAUUUUUCUUCUGCAUGUCAUCAUGCGCUGGUUGCUGGCUGGAUGCUGCGCCCUCGCUUUGAUCAAUCUCUCAGCGGCCAAACACACUGAAUUGCAGAUCAUCCAGAAGCCCCGGUUCUAUGGUUUAAAAACCAACCGCAUGGCGGGAAUACACUGUUCCAUAAAUCAACCCUUCCGGUCCCAGCCAGUGACUGUGGACUGGUACAAAGCUGAUACACACAUGAGGCACAACAUUGCAGAGGUAAAGGGAGAAAGGAUUAAACUUCAAAACAUUAAUUACACCCAAAACGCCUCUCUCUACAUAUAUAAAACACAAGUAGAGGACAGUGGAGUGUACUUCUGCAAGUUCAACAAUACAUGGGGACCUGGAACUCAACUUAUAGUUAUCCGGUCCAUUGACCCUUUAACGGCACAGUACAGGACCAAUAUGAAAGACGGUCUCAUCAUCUUCCAGGCUCUUCUGUUGGCUGUGUGUAUUGCUGCUAUAAUGCUACGCAAACAAAAACUGUGGGAAAAGAGUGACAGCAUCUAUGAGGAGCCUGAAACUGAUCACAUCUAUGAGGGUUUGGCGAUUGAGACAUGUGGCGGAGGUCUGUAUGAGGAACUUACUGUGUACGCCCAGGCUGAAGGAGCAGAGGCCCCAUGGGAGUGAAACGGGCAUCACUGAACUACUUUUCACACCACCUCAGCAGUUUCACAAUAAGUACUGAUUAUACGUUCAUAAUUACAAGUUUUACUUUGUACAUAGUACAUUGGGUCCUUAAUGGGCUCGCUAUGGAGAUGGAGAUGUGCCAUUUCUAGCUUGUUUGUAAAUGUGCAGCAGUAUACUUAUUCUUAAAUGCGUGAUAUACAGUACUGUGCAAAAGUUUUAGGCACUAAAGGUAAAGUGAGGGUGCUGUCAAAAAUAAUCCCAUGAUUAUUUUUUUAUUCAUCAGUUAACCUCAUGCACAGUACAGCAAAACAGAAAACACCUAAAUCAGAUCAGUAUUUCGUAUUAUACCCCUCCCACCACCUCCCUUUUCCUUUAAAACAGCUCCAGUCCUCCUCAGUACACCUGUACUUAGGUAGUUUUUUCCAGCAUCUUGGAGAAGCUGCCUCAGUUCCUCUGUGGAUUCAGGCUGUCUCAGUGACUGCUGUCUCUUCAUGUAAUCUCAGACUGACUCUAUGAUGUUCUGAAAGGCCUAAAACUUUUGCACAGUACUUAAUGUGUUGUUUAUUUUGUGCUAUUUAUGUAUUCAGUGGUGGAAAAAGUAUUCAGAUCCUUUACUUAAGUAAAAGAACCAAUACAACAAUGUAAAAAUACUCCAUUCCAACCAAAAGUCCUGUAUGAACAAUCCUACUUAAAUAAUGGUACAAAAGUAAUAACAGCAAAAUGCGCUUAAAGUAAAAGUACUGGUUUGAUCUUUCUGACUGAUUAUAUUAUUACAUACGACAUCAUUAGAUGAUUAAUACUGAAGCAUCUGUGUGUUAGCAGCAUGUUACUGUUGUAGCUGCUGCAGGUGGAGCUAGUUUGGACUACUUUAUAUACAGGGAUGCCAGCUCAAUCUGAGGGAUUGUUAGAUGAUUAAUGGAAAGGAAAGCAGACAAACAAAGUUUUUGAUCCACAAAUCUGUCUUCAGUUUUUGGACUUUUUCUCUAGUCUUUGACUUUUACUGACGUAUUGUAUCUUUGAACCCAUAUUGAAAUGAAAAGUAUUUGUUAAACAUCUGAAAUGUGACCCAAAAUACACACUGCUUUUUGUUAGGUUGGAAACCACUGAUUUAAUCUUUAACGAUGUGUCAUAUUUAAAUGCUUGUUAUGUUAUCCGUUGUGUAAAAUCUUCAUCUUUAAGGUAACGAGUGAAUAAAACUGUCAAAUAGAUAAAGUGGUGCUGAAAGUACAAUAUUUCCCUUUGAAAUGUAGUAGAGUGGAAUUAUAAAGUAGCAUCAAAUGGAAAUACUCAAGUAGUGCAGAAUUGUACUAUACAAUGCAGUAUUGGAGUAAAUGUACUUACUUUCCACCACUGACUUUAUUAAAUUAAUCUGAUGUUAUUUGAAGUCCACUGAAAUGUAAAUAAUUACAUGGCAACAGCUGAAGUUUCAGCUGACAUUUUUGGUGCUUCCAGGGUUUUUUUUAAACAUAAAUUGUGUUGUAUAUAAUUUCAUAGUGACUUUUCUAACUUGACUGUUUAACGUCCGUUUUAUCUUGUACCUACAGGAGGUGUAAGAAUGAGUUUAUGACAAACUGUUGUGAGAAGAUGUCACACAAAUUUGGUGUUAAUAAGGCCCAGUUUGUUCUUGUUGUUCGGUUAUAUUAAAUUGGAUGUUUUGUUUGUUUUUUGUUAAAUUUGUGUAACCGAUUAAAAACCAUAAACACA